AAACAACCCCGAAAGCUAUCAGAAAACCCUAGAAGAGAACUCACAACAGCUCAACAAUGGCUUCUCCUCCUCCGUCGGAGAAGCGAUGCCUGUACGAGGUCCUCGGCCUCCGGCUCGACUGUACCCCCGACGAGAUCCGCUCAGCCUACAAGAAGCUCGCCCUCCAGCGCCACCCGGACAAGCUCGUCCAGUCCGGCCUCUCGUCCGCCGCCGCCACCGCCUCUUUCCAGGAGCUCGUCAACGCCUACGAGGUCCUCUCAGAUCCCCGCGAACGCUCCUGGUACGACUCCCACCGCUCCCAAAUCCUCUUCUCCAACAAUUCCAGCUCCAGCUCCUCCAAUUCGUCAAAGUCCUCCUCCUACGUCCCCGACCUCUUCUCCUUCUUCUCCAACUCAGUAUUCUCCGGCUUCACCGACUCCAAAAAGGGAUUUUACAAGGUCUACGGCGACGUUUUCGACAAGAUUUACUCGAACGAGCUGAAUUUCGCGAGGAAGUUAGGGUUAGGGUUAGACGCGGUGAAGGAGGCCCCGGUGAUGGGUAAUUUGGAGAGUCCGUACGAGCAGGCGACGGCGUUCUACGGGUACUGGCUAGGGUUCGCGACGGUGAUGGAUUUCUGCUGGGUGGAUCAGUACGACGCAAUGGCGGGGGCGAACAGGAAGUCGAGGAGGGUGAUGGAGGAGGAGAACAAGAAGCUGAGGAAGAAGGCGAGGAGGGAGUACAACGAGACGGUGAGGGGUCUGGCGGAGUUUGCGAAGAAGAGGGAUAAGAGGGUGAUUGAUAUGCAGGUGAAGAGGAAUGAGGAGAUGGAGAGGAAGAGGGAGGAGGAGAGAGAGAGGAAGAGGGUGGCGGAGAGAGAGAAGAUGGAGCGUGCGAGGGCGUAUAGGGAGCCAGAGUGGGCAAAGGUGGAGGAGGAGGAUGGGGAGGUUGUUGAGAAUGGUAAUGAGGGUGAUGAGGAAGAUGAAAAGAGGAAGAAGGAUGAGAAGGAGUUGUAUUGUGUGGUUUGUGGGAAGAAGUUCAAGAGUGAGAAGCAGUGGAAGAACCACGAGCAGUCGAAGAAGCAUAAGGAGAAGGUGGCAGAGUUGAAGGAAGCAUUUGGUGAUGAAGAAAGAGGAGAAGAGGAGAGACAAGAGGGAUUUGAUGGUAAUGUUGAUGAUGGGGUUGAUGAGCUAAGCGAUCGAUUUGAGAGCAGUUUUGGAUUUCCCAAACAAAAUGGUGAUCAUGAUGAUGCCCAAUCUAGUGAGGAAGAAGUGAAUGAGGAUGUUGGUAACAAUGGUGAAGCUAAAGGCAUGGAUGAGUCAUUUGGAGAGGAUCAUGAUGAUGAUGACGAAGCAAGUGUGCUUGAAGCCAUGUUAUCAGGGCACAAGAGCAAGAAAAAUGUGAGCUCGGUCCACAAGCCUAAGGCCAAGGCUUCAUCAACAAAAGAUGGUGGCAGAAGUGAUGAUGAUGAAAUGGAUUUUGGGGAAUAUAAUAACACGAAGGGGGCUAGAAGGAAGAGGGGAGCGAAAGGAGAGAGGGGUAGAAGAUAUGAUGACGAAGCUGCUACAGCUGAUAGAACUGAAAACAGUGAUCAGGUUGCGGAAAAUAAUGGGCAUGAUGACGGUUUACAAAAGGAUGGGACUUUGUUUCCUUCUUCUGUUGAAAAUGAGAGUAAUGAUAAAGGUGAAUAUCUCUUAGAAAAAGGCCGUAAGGUUUCAAAACAACCUGUUGACAGAAAGGAUAAUGCGAAGAAAGACGCGAAUGCGAAGAAAGAUGCGAAUGCCAAAUCGAAGAACUCAUCCAAAGGAAGGAAACAGAAGGCGACAUCAAAAGCUUCUGGCACUGUAUGUGAUACCUGCGGCGAGGACUUUGAAUCGAGGAAUAGACUACAUAAACAUUUGGGUGACACGGGUCAUGCUUCAUUGAAAUCACGAUGAAGUUGAUUUAUACAGAUAAGAGAAAAGGAAGUAAAUUCUCAGCAGCCCAUGAAUUGCCUUUUGGAACUGGGUGUUAAUGAUUCUGCUUCAUUUUUCAUUGUGCUACCACCAUGCGGAUUCAUGGCUGGAAGCUUUGGAGAAACUUGUUCUAUUAUGGAAACUUAAACACACUACAAGUUCAAGGAUUCUCUGUAUGAAUUUUGCAAUAGAGGAGAGGAGAAAUUGUUUGCAUAGAAUCCUCAGAUUUUAUUGCAAGUUCUAGUGAAGGAGAGGAGCAUUUCUCUAAUAAUUUCCAUUGGUUGUAUUUUGAAAGAAUUUUGAUCCAUGAAUGUACAUUUUCAAAUACCAUACGUUAAUCAUAUACAAUCCGACUUCUUUGUCUA